AUGACCGAACUCAAUUCUGAACCGAAAGCCGCCCAUUUCAAGGUGUACCGUGAGAGUACGCAGCGGUUCGCCAUCGAAUACAAAGAGAAGGACGACCUCUAUCAGUCCUUCCAGAAGAAGAUCGACGAACUUAGCAUUCCGCCUCUAGCUGUGUACUCUAUCGACAACAAUGGCGAGAGCAUACAGAUCAGCGAUGCGGACACUCUCUUCGGAAUAGUGAAAGACUCCCCGAAGGCUAGAGUUACCGUCUGUGCAGAAGAUGAUCACUCAUAUUCGUCUUCGGAUACCAGUGAACACAAACAUGGACCAUCAAAUCUAAAACGACGAAUGAAGAUUCACCACCGUAGCCGUUCCAAAAGCCGUGAUCGUUCCUGUCCAAGAGACAAUAUGUGGAGUAGAUACGGUCCCUGGGCACGUUUUUGGCGCUUUCCGGGAUUUUGCCCAGAAUUCUUACACGAUUUCUGCCCCUAUUAUGAUCAGCCACUACCCUUCCGUUCCUUUGGAUCGUGGAAUUUCCCUAUGGAUUCGCGAAACGGUGGACAUCACGACCGCAUGCGUGACUUCGAGCACUGCUUCGACCAAUUGUCACUUUUCGGACCAUUCAAAGAAACCAGUUGUCCUACGGAUCCACGAUUCGGAUAUCACGAACAAAUGCGCGAUUUCGACUUCAGCUAUGACCAGUUGCCACCGUUCAGCUUCUCCAAAUCGUCUUGUUUCCCAAUGGACCAGCGUAUGGGACAUGGCCCAUUUUAUGGAAUGGGACGUGGUCGUGGUGGACACCAUCGUGGUGGUAUGCGAGGCGGAUUCCAUGGUUAG